AUGCCGGUUCCGAGGGCGCUGAUGGCUUUCUGCGGGGGCCCAGUUGUCCUGGCGCGCGGCCAGGGGGCAGUGGGAGGCGGAGCGAGCACAGGAUCGACCACGGCGACCCCAGCCUCCGCUGCCGGGCAGCAGCUGCCGGCUGUGGCCGACAUUACGCCAGCACUGUCGGCAUUCGCAGUCUUCGACGAGGCUGGUGAGGCCAGUGGGCAUUCCAAUUGGACUCGGUCCUACGGCGUGGUCACCCAGACAAGCAAUAUCCAUUCAGGGCAAUACUGCAGUGCGUCUCAGAAAGGAACCAUGUUCUACGCAUACGUUCCAGUAGCCGACUACGUGUGGAGUGUCGAUGCUUCCAGCGAGGACGACGACACUGUUGGCAUUGUGUUCCGCGUGGCUGACACUGAGAAUUUGUACAAGUAUUCGCACUCCAACGAUGAGGCUGGUUGUCGCACUUUGUACAAGAUCCAGAAUGGCGCACGGCGUGAAUUAUGGCGAGCCUCGUCGUACGCGCCCUACACGCAUGGCCGCAAGUAUGCUUUCCAGGUGCGGACGGACGGCUGCCGCUUCGUUGGUCACUACCGAGGUGAGGAGGACUUCGACAUCACCGACCCCGACUGCGUGGCAACCGGUGGCGUGGGCGCCUACUCCUGGGCGAACUCUGCCGGCCGGUGGAGCAGCAUGCUCCUGACGACGGCGGUGGCCUCGGUGGCUGCGGCCCCAGCGCCGGCGGCAGGCCGUGGGCAGGCGCUUGGACUGGACCCGGCCCUCACGGCGGCCCUCGUGGCGCUCGGCGCCGUCCUGGGGGCCUGUGGCGCCAGCGCGCUCUGGUGCCUCGCCGCGAGGUGCAGAAGGGCGCCCACCGCGUCCUCGUCCAAGGUCGCCCACGGGAAGUUCCUCGACGACGUGGGCAGCCUCGGUCGCCAGGGCGAGCUGCCGCAGAUCUGUGGGAGUCCCACGGGGGUGUCGGCCGUGUGA